AUGAAAGACAGCAACUUUGAAAACAUGCUCCGACAUUCAAAGUUUAUAGGUAUUGGUAAACCGGGCAAGAAAAAGGUUACUGGCCAUAUCAAGCAUGUGGUUGGCGAUGAUUUAUAUGUAGAUUUUGGUGGUAAAUUUUACGGCGUUGUUAAACGUCCAAGCUAUGCAGGAGAUCGAGGUUACAAGUUAGGGGACAGCGUUACAAUACGAUUAAGAGAUACCGAAGUUACUGGACAUUUUAUAGGACAGAGUCGUCAUAUGACUCUUUGCGAAGCUGAUAUUAGUCUUACGUGA